AUUAAAACUCAUUAUUUUAUGGAUAGAGGAUUUCAAACAUGAUUUAACUAGUAUAGUUUAAUACUACCAACAGAUUUGGGGAAUCAUGUCGCUAAUUAAGCUCCUAAUGUGGGGCCAAAAUCCAAAUUAUACAAAAUUUUGGCGCGUUAUCUUAAUGGCGAGCAAGCCUUUUUAUAAAAAAGACUUCUUUUUCUUCAUCUUCUUUCACAUUUUCAAUUGGAUCGUCAGCUCCGCCUCUUCAAUUUCCACGCAAAAUCUCAAACACAGACAAGACAACCGAUGGGCGACGAUUGAAACUCGGUCAGAAACCACCUAUGAAGGAGUUUCGGACAAGAUUCAACUUUUGGUUUCAGAAUUCAAGUCUUUAACAGAGCCUGUCGAUCGCGUGAAACGGCUCUUACAUUACGCAGCGAUGCUUGCUCCUUUCGACGAGUCGGCACGGGUGCCGGAGAAUCGGGUCAAGGGUUGCGCCACUCAGGUGUGGCUCGACGCCAGAAUAGACCAAAAUGGAAAGGUAAGGUUUCGAGCCGACAGUGAUUCGGAGAUUACGAAAGGGUUCUGCUCGUGCCUCAUAUGGAUGAUGGACGGUGCGGAUCCCGAAGAAGUUGUGGAAGUGAGGGCGGAGGAUUUGGUGGAGUUAAACGUCGGUGUCCAUGGGAAGGCCCAGUCGAGAGUGAACACGUGGCAGAACGUCUUGAUCAGCAUGCGGGAUAGAACGGAGGGUUUGAUGUUGGAGAGACAAAGGGAGCUGCCUCUGGCCUCCGCCUCCGUUUCCUACAUUAUAAAGCUCUGAUGGAAAGUUAGACAAGCAUUUGGGUUGUGUUUGGUUUCUGUGUCUUUGUUUUUGGUAAUUCCAGGAUGUGUAGAUGAAAUUAAAGUAGGUUAUUUAAUACUAUGAUUUGUAUGCAGAUGAAUGUUAGUUGGGUUAGGAUUAUGAAUUACGGUGGAGUCGUUUGGAAAUCCCAAUAAAAGGAUAUAUUAUGCAAAAAGAAAUGGUGGGUCAAUAACCAAACGACCAACCAAUAUAUUGGACACGUCUGCUAGAAAGGGGGCGUUUGGAUCAAAUAUGGGAAAAAGAAUCUCUUUUGCCUUA